UCAUUUCAUUUGUUUCUUAUUUCAUUUAAUUUAAUAAUUCCAUUUAAUGACCAGUAUAUGAGGAAUGACUAAUUGACAAGAUGCCCAACGCCACUACUAACAAUGGCAACGCCAACUCCUGCGUCGAGACGCCCACGGCGCCGGAAUGGCUGUCUAAGCUGGAAAGCCGACGCGAAAUGUUGAAACGUUCGAAACUUGGCCACGAGUCAGGAGCCGGCGCUCCUUGUGGCGAGUGCCUGGACAAGUGUCCUGGGCUGGAUCUGCACUUCUGGCGCAAAGUUUGUCGUAACUGCAUGUGCCGGAAAGACCAGCACAUGUGCACGGACGAUGAUGCCACAGGCUGGGCACAGUUCGAGAUUCUGGGCCAGAUACGAGCCAAGCCAGCAUACAUCAAGAUUAAGGCCCUGGCCAGCCAGCCCGUCCAGGUGGAAUGGGUACCACCAAAUGCCGCGCCGGACGUGAUCUCGGAUUACAUGGAAAAAUUGGGCGCAGCUCAAAUUCCUGUUGCUGGCAGCGACGCUGCACACAAGCGCAAGCAGCAACUGGAGUUCCAGGUGCCGCCCCAUGAUCUGGACGCUGCGCUCUGCGACAAUCUCACGGAGACAGAGGCCCAGCAGCUGCAGCAGUACGUCCAGAAGCUGCGCGACCAAUGCGUGGGCCAGGGCAUCGUUGUUCGAGUAGGCCGUCUUACCCAUGCUCAAGUGGAGCACAUUGUGCCGCCCCAGCUGCCGGCUGCACCAACGCCAGUCGUGCCCGAGGCCGCGCGCAAGGUGUUCCACUCCUUGGGAAUAACGCCCGUUGCGGAUGCCACUCUAAACGAACUGUUAGCCAAUCCAAAGUUGGCCAAUGCCCUAUCCCUGCAAGGAGCACAUCCCCAGCCGAAGCUGCUAGUGGCCUUCUCGGAGCCCUUGAGCGAUUCCACCACGGAAUUCGAUGCACAUCCCGCUCUGAGAGCCGAAACGAAAGUAAAACUGUUGGGCAUCAGCAAGCCCUCCAUGCAGAGCCUCGUCACGCAUGGCGUCAUCUACGAUAAGCUAUUGGGAUCGUUGAAGGAAAAGAACCUUAAUAUUUCACGGGAUGCUCGCCUUGGGCCAAUCUCUGAGUUCCGCAAGGAGUAUGUGAGCAAUCCGCAGUUCAGAGCGGAGAUCAACACGGUGUGUCCUGCGCCUGUUAUGAGCACAACACCACUCAAAUCGUCGCCAGCUACGCCGUUCCACUCGCCACUGCCGCUUAAAAAUCCGGUUGCCGCUCGCUUUGGCGCUCAAAUGCGUCAGGACACGCCCAUGCGCCGUGUCAAAUUUGGAGGCGUGUCCACCAUUGUGUACGAUUGUGGUCUGCCCGCCCACAUUGACUACGACCGGGACCCAGUGUUUGCGCAAAUCGUACAGGCGGAGCCUUUGAAGCAGGCUCUACAGGAGGUGCGCUCCGGACGACCUGCUGCUCCAGUUGUCAUUGCAUCAACACCAGUGCCCACGGCUAAUCUUCAUCAGCUCCAUGGCCUGGCGCCUGCCACCAAGGCGCAGCUGCAAACCGUGGGCGUGGACAAGCACAUGCUCCACUCGGCCGUGGCCAAUGCGCCCUACUACAAUCGCCUGUUCCAAACGCUGCAGGAGAAGGGCAUUCGCCACGAUCAAUGCCAGCUGCUGGAGCCGCUCAAGCAGGUACACGAUUGGCUGCUGAACGAUGAGCAGCUGCUGGACGACAUCGACAAGCUCUUCGCAGACAUGGCCAACGCAGCCAGUGCAGGCGGCGACAUCAGUUAUGGCAAUGAGAUGCUUACCAACUCCGCCAGUCACGACUCGGGUUUCUGCUCGAAGCCUUCGACGCCUGGACAUGCGGGCGAGGACCUCAACGCCAGCUUGGGCAAGUUUGCAAGCAUCCCAGGCAUUGAGCACAUGAAUAUGUAUCCCAACUGUGCCGCCAUGUCGGAACAGUUCCAACAGCUACACGUGGGCGACGCAAGCGCACCAGGUGAUGCCGCAGCUACAGGCGCACUCGCUGUAUCGAAUAUCAAAUGCCGUGAUUGCGGCCUGGCCAUUGAGUUCGGCGAGGUGGCCGUCAAGGCGGAGCGAGCGGGCAAGGAGAUCGCUUGGCAUCCGGGCUGCUUCAAGUGUCAGACGUGCCGCGAGCUGCUGGCGGACUUGGUGUACUUCUUCCACCACGGCCAGGUCUACUGUGGACGCGACUUGGCCAUCAAGCUGAAGAUACCCCGCUGCAAGGCCUGCGACGAGCUGAUCUUCACCAAGGAAUAUACCGCCGCCGAGGGCGCCACGUAUCACAUCAAGCACUUCUGCUGCCUGCAGUGCGACGAGCCGCUGGCUGGCCAGCAGUAUAUACCCGAUGAGAAGUCCAACAUGCCGCUAUGUCUGGACUGCUAUGACAAGUUCUACGCCGGCACUUGCAAGCGCUGCCAGUUGCCCAUUGGGCCGGCCGAUCAGGGCGUUUCCUGGGGCGACAUCCACUGGCAUGGACCGUGCUUCGUCUGUGCCGGGUCUCAAUGCGCCAAGUCCUUGAUUGGUGGUCGCUUCUGUGUCAAGCAGGACAUGCCCUUCUGCAGUCCGGCCUGUGUGCGCAGCAUUAUUCCAGCCUAAAUCUCAGGCAACUAACAAUCCAAACAGUAUUUCAAUAAUACGCACAAACAAUUCUUCAGAUAUAUACAUAUAUGUAUGUAUAUCUAUGUAGUAUUUCCACAAGCCAUGCAACAAUGCACAAUUACGAGGUUGAAUUAAUCCUGCUAUAUUUAACUAAAGUGCCUAGCCUAUACGCCUAUAUAGUAUGAUGAUCUACCAAUAUACAUAUAUUUAUAUACGUAGCUCAUACUCGAUUUAAAGCCGUGCCAAUUUAUGGAAAACAUUUACACGCUCGCCUUUGAGUAUAUAUAUUCAUAUAUUUAUAUGAAAGUGUCUAUUUAUACAUCUAAAGUAUUAUCUAUACACCUUUUUUACAACAUUUUAUAAAGCACUUUACACAAAAAAGUUUUGAAAUAAAAU